AUGGAGGAACAAUUGGCGAAAUUGGAUUUGAAUUCGAAUCCCGAAGCUGAAGCUGAAGCCCAAGCCGAAGACGAAAUUGGCUGGUACGAUAUACCCCUGGAACUUCGCGAAAUUGUCCUAGAACAUAUGACAACUGAUGCAAAACGAAGAUUCUCGAUGUGCUCCAAAGAUUGUUUGAAGAAGGUUAGAAGAUCGAAGAAUUUCCUCGAGAUGAUCUCAUUGUUCUGGACCGAAUCGAUUGUUGAGAUGGAAGUUUCGAUUGGUGAUGAUUUUUAUGUUAUAUUCCAGUUUUCUCAAAUCAUUGAGCAGGUGACAGGAUAUUCGAUUUUUGGACCGACAUAUUACAAAACUUUCAUGGUUGAUGGGGAUUUUCAUAGUAUUGGUCUUGAAUAUUUUCAAAAGUUUAUUGAAGAUGCAAUUCAUCUCGAAAAUCUUGAAUUGGAAGUGGUGAGCAAAUUAUUUGAAAUUUAUUUUUCAAUAAUAAUAUAUAUAAUUUAGGAUAACUUCCCAUUCGAUAAAGUCAAUAUUCACCAUUUGAAGAAACUCAAAAAGCUUAGAAUCAAGAAAACUGACAAUGCUGAAGGAGAAUUGAUUGAUCCGUUCAAAGCUGGUUUCUUGAAUUUCGCGCAAGUUUCAACAAUUGAAAAUAGUAUUCGAUUGGAGAAUUGUCAAAGUUUGGAUUUCGCUCAAGUUUGUGAAUUGAAAGCGCGUCAUAUUUGCUUGAAAAAUCUUCGUUUAUCAACUGAAAAUUUCGAACAAUAUUUGAAAUUUUGGAAAAAUGGAGAACUUGGCAAGGAUAUUCAAAACGUGUUCAUGCAAACAACAGAAAAAAUCAACCAAGAAGAGAUUUUGAGAGAUUUCGAAACUAUUGGCAAGCAUGAGAAGUGAGUUUUGGUUUUGAAGAUUUUCAAAUGUUUAAAUAAAUAUAUUUAUAUUUAGCUACGAUGGAAAGAUCUGGUUUAAACUUCGAAAUUUGACUGGAGAAACUGCCGAAGUUUCGAUGUCUAGCAAUUCGGUGUCAAUGAAUUUGACAACAUUGGAUGACGAGGACGAUUUUGAGCAUGAAAAUCUGGAAGAUUCUGCAGAUGAACAAAUUUUGGAUGAAUCAAGUCGCGAGGAAGAAGAAACUAAUUAUGGAAGUUCGUUAGAAGAAUCUUUUGAAAUUGAAAAUCAUCGCCAAUUUUUGGAUGAAAAUGAUCACAGCGAAGUUGAAGAUGAAGAAAACUUCGAAGGUCAAAAUGUUGAAGAUUCUGAAGAGGAAAUUGAUUCGGGAAGUUUGUUGGAAGAGUCUAUUCAAGCUGGAGUUCAUCAACAAUUUUGGGAUGAUGAUAGUUACGACGAAUUUGAAGAUUACGGUUUCGAUUAUUUUGAUGAGGACGAAUUCGAAUACGAUUUCGACGAUUUUCGUGAAUUUUUUGAUGCUUCGGAUGAAAAUUAUGAUUAUGAUUGA